AUGUGCAGCGCAGAGCCGGCAGCGCUGGGCUCCAGGGGAGGAAGCCGCCGGCCCUUGAGUCCGAGGCUGCGGAGUGUCAGCAGUGCCGAAAACUGCCUUAUUAGGAGAGAAAGUAUCGCUGAAAAUGAGUUCUUUGCUCAAAGCCGUUGCUCCGAGCUCACUGCCUGUGAGUGCCAGCCUGUGCUCAUUCCUUCGGGAAUGACUAGACAUGAGCUCAGCGGCGUGGCCGAGAGGGACCUGAUGGCACAGCCUGAACCCCCUCCAGAGCUGCUGCUGGCGGGGAACGGAUCUAAACCCCUGCACAGGGGCAGCCCAGACUCCAACCAGGAGCUGCAGGCUGCCAGCAGGGAUCCUUCCUUGGAGCAAAAUGCACCAGAGACCCAGCUGGAUGAGGAUGCAGCCAGGGCUGGGAUCCCACUGGAUGUGGACGUGGCAGGAGUCCCGCUGGACGUGGAUGCAGAUGGGACAGGAAUCCCAUUGGACAUGGAUGCAGACGGAGUAGAGACUCCACUGGAUGUGGAUGCAAGUGGGACAGGGACCCCAGGGGAUGUGGAUGAAGCAGGAAUUCUGCUGGAUGUGGAUGAAGGUGGGACUGGGAUCCCACUGGAUGAGGAUGCAGAUGGAGCAGGGAUCCCACUGGCCAUGGACACAGACAGGGCAGGGAUCCCAGACAACACAGAUGGGGCAGGGAUCCCGCUGGACAUGGACACAGAGGGAGCGGGCAACCCUCUGGAUGCUGAUGCCACAGAGCACCAGUGCCUGACCCUGGAAGAGCUGGGGAAUUAUUUCCAGGAGUGCAUUGAGAUCGUGGAGCAGCUGGAGAGGGAGAGGGACAACCUGAUCGCCGAGCUGGCCCAGCUCCGCGAGCCGGCGCUGCAGGAGAUCCGCCAUGCCCACGAGGAGAUCCAGGCAGCCUGCAGGCUGCUGGCCAAGGUGGAGCUGGAGAGGGACAACCUGCGGGAUGAGAUCCGGCAGAUCAAGCAGAAACUCUUCAAGGUGACCAAGGAAUGCGUGGCCUGCCAGUACCAGCUGGAGAGCCGGCGGCACGACCUCUCCCAGCACGCUGCCUACCAGGGAGAGCUGGAGAACCAGGCUGGGCAGCUCUCGGGGGAACUGUCCCAGCUGAAGGAGACCUGUGAGAAGGAGAAGGAAGUUCUGAGGCAGCGCCUGGAGGCUCCACCCUGCCGGCAGGACAACCUGUACCUCCAGGAGAGCCGGCGGCUUUCCGUGGAGUUCGAGAGCUUCGUGGCUGAGAGCCGGAGGGGGCUGGAGGAGCACUACGAGCCCCAGCUGCUGAGGCUGCUGGAGCGGCGUGAGGCCGGGGCCAGGGCGCUGCAGGAGAUGCAGGGAGAGAUCCAGGGCAUGAAGGAAGCCCUGAGGCCCCUGCAGGGUGAGGUCAGCCGGUUGCGGCUGCAGAACCGCAGCUUGGAGGAGCAGAUUGUCCUGGUCAAGCAAAAAAGGGAUGAAGAGGUCGGGCAAUACCGGGAGCAGGUGGAGGAGCUGGAGGACAGGCUGAAGGAACUCAAGAACGGGGUCCAGCUCCAGCAGCGCAAGAAUCAGGAGCUGGAGGAGCUCAGGACCAGCCUCCACCGAGAGCUCUCCAUCUACAAGAGCUGCUUAGAAAUCUACGGCCACCUCUGCAAAUCGGAGGAGAAAGCAGAGCAAGACUGUUAG